CUAUUCUUCUGCUACCCUUUACCUUAUCUUACCUAUUACUCCUAAGUUCUGUGAAAUACCCCUUGGAUCUGGAUUGAUUAUACCUGAUUUGCACCACUGCAUAUCAGUGGUAUAUUGUGACUGUGAAUUUUCAUAUGCUGUGUUUGUAAGAGUCUCUAAUUUUCUGAUCUCUGCAGCACGGUUUCUACUCCAGCCCCACCAGCAGCAGAAAACAUACCUAACAUCGUGGCAGAAAACAUUCCUAACACCAUGGCCACUGCACCUCAACUCAGCUCUCAACACCCAGCGAGUUGGCACGGGUUCACUCUGCACCAACAAGAGGAGCAAACCCCACUGUUUCCUGACUGCCCUGCCAUCAGGAGCCUUUCCCUUGGAGGGAAACCUCCAAGUGGUUUCCUGAAAUCGAUGACAAAAUUGAGGAGAUCUCCAGCUCCUUCCGAAAAGGUUCACACUGCUGUGGCCACCCCAGGUGGCCCUGAUGUCCCUAGCGACCUUGAUCUCAACACCACUUUCCAUGGUCAGCAAGGGGAGCAACCAAACCACAGCCCUCCUGCCUCUCCCAACCUGCUUCACGCAACACCAUCACCCCCGACCCAGAGCCCAGGAUUUUUCCGUAAAUUGCUGGGAAGGUUCAGAAAGAGGACUUUCCCUCAGGAGGGAAGACGAGCCCCGUCAGCCAGGAUUCCCAGCGGAAGCCCCCCGGGUGAAGUCCCCCUCGCUGGGGGCACGUCCAGUGACACUUCGGCACUCGGGCAGCCGCAGGACCUGCAACCUGCCCCACCUGACUGCCCCCCUGCCUCUCCUGUCCCAUCCCGCCACUCUGUCCCUGCGUCCCCGCCAGUGCGGGCAAGAAGGUCCCUGUUCUCCCGCUUCUGCUGCUGCAUGGCAGCUGAUGGAACUUCACGAAACGCUUGUUAAAGAAUGUGCAACUUUCAGAUGCGUGUGUCAAAGAAAUUAACAAUUUAUAAAGAAAAUAUCAAUUUACCUUUC